UCGUGUUAAAGGGGCAAUGCUCUCGGACUGUGGGGCCCACCGUCAGGAUGCUGGACACAGCGGGCGAGCAGGAUGACGGGACUUUGGAGGGCUCCAGGAGCUCGAGGAGCCGACACGAGUACACCAAGAACAACAUUUAGUCCAGCUACCCAAACCAGUCCAGUCAUGCAGGUACAAGAAGAUGGAGACAACGUCAUGCCUUUUGCCAAGUGUUCCAAAGUGGUCAGCCGAUCUACACCCCUAUCCCUGCCUUCCCAGAGCCUCAAACCAAUGGCCCAACAUUAUGGUGAUGUCUUUUGGGAGAACCUUACCCAAAGGUCCAACCCCAACUGGAUGGAGGAACAAUCCAUUCCACCCAAGUUGAGAGGCACUGGUUGCUCCCAGCCUGGCAUAUACCCUCCUGAGGGGCUACUUCCUCCUGAGAUGCUUUGCAGAAGAAAGAGAAGAAGGCUGCAUUUGGAGAAAAUACAUCAGAGACCUGGAGGCAUCCCAGCCCGUGUCAGGGCCGUCACUUAUCACCUGGAGGACCUGAAGAGGCGCCAGAGAACCAUCAAUGAGCUGAAGAAGGCUCAGUGGGGCAGCUGCAGGGUUGCACCUGAGCCCCUGCUGCUUGAGGCAGAAGGCUCUAGAUUCUCUGGAACCACUGAAAACUGUGAUCUGCAAUUGAAGAGGGCAACAACCUUUCUACAGGAAGAGGGCCAUUUUGGACCCAGCUACCAUGAAAUCGGGGAGUCCUCAGUCUACGAGUCUCGCCGGAGGCCAGAAGAGUUCUGCCCGGGUCCAGUGCUCUUCGCGGCAGCCCCCACCCCACCAUCCUCCCGGCCGACCAGCUUCUGCGUCGGGCCGAGGCCCCCGUCAGGAACGUGA